GGGACAACACCACAGGGCUCUCCUUGUCGUGUUGUUGCCAGUAAUACCGAGACCAGCAUUAACUAGGCACUCACUGCUCCACUAUACCUUUGUGAAGGUGUGCUGCAGGUGACGGAGAUCCAGGAUGGUGGCAGAGAGGCUGGAGGCGUGGUGGGUGGCGCCGCUGGUGGCGAAGCGGGUGACGCCGCUGGUGGUGGGGACGUUGCUACUCUCCUUGCUCCUCACCCCUUACCUGCUGCCUCGAUUUCGCUUCCCACACCCACCAUUGCCACCACACCUUGCAUCACCAUUACUAACCUCAUCACCCCAACUUGCAUCACCAUUACUAACCUCAUCACCCCAACUUGCAUCACCAUUACUAACCUCAUUACCACCACAAAUAUCACUAACAUCACUUCCACCACAAACAUCGUCAUCAAACUCAUCAUCACCGUCGCCACACAAGACCACGAGACACCACCCAGCCUAUGACAGACGCUGCUACAAGUACCACACAAACCUUCAUGCUGAGAACAUAUGCUGCAGAACAGCCAACUUCAGUGGUUCUAUCAGCAUGAUCCACCAGUGUAUUACCAAGGCCAAUGCCCAGCUUCUGAAGGUCCACAGAGGCUCUAGUACUGGCGGCAGCACCACUGAAGGUGGUAGUGGAGGACCAGCCGCCAGGAGCGAGCACUGGGUUGUGCUAGGAGACUCUCACAUGCGUUACCUCCUGGCCGCCUUCCUCACGCGCUUCAGAAGCCCCACCCUCCAGUACCGACUACGAAGUACUGACAAGUGGUCGAGUGCAGAUGUUCUAGAGCAAACGCUUCACCACCAAAAAAUGUUGUAUGAUAUUGAGGUCCGUGACCUGGGAGUCAACUUCCACAUGACCUACAUCCUGGACAUUCACCUGACGGUGCUGCCCAAGAAGCUGACGGAGUGGCAGCAGCAGCCUCACCGCUCCCCAACACUCCUAGUCUUUGCUUCGGCGUUGCACUGGAUGUGGCACACACAAAACGUGUACCAGAGCCAGGGACCCGAGGCAGCCGUCGCCCUGUACAGGAAACACAUCAGAAGCCUAAGACACCAGCUCACACGCUUCGCAGCCAACACCCCCGUCGCCUUUAAGCUUCUCGACGACCUAUUGUUCGGCAGCGCACCUAACGCAACAGAUGCUAUGCACACCCGGAGUAACUACCCGCUGUACAACAAGGCGGCGCUGGAGGAGCUGUCAGGGACGGGUGUGAUCAUCUGGGACAGCACCCUGCCACUCUCCAGGGCCUACACCCUCCGCUGUGAGGCACAACCCCUGCACACUCCACCCUGGCACCACUGGAACUGCCUGGACAGGGGCCAUGUAGGGUACAUCCUCGUGGACCAGUAUGCUGAUAUGAUCAUCAAUGAUUACUGUAACAAAUACCUAAAUUUAGGACAAGACUUUUGUGUCUAGCUUCCAUGUUCCACCUUCUGCGAUCGUUAUAUGGUGGGUUGUUCAACUGUCCAUAAAUACCCUUACGGAACUAUUCACUCUACCCACCAUGAGAGUAAGAACAAGACCGGAACGGGAAGAUACCAACGUAUACGCUGCUCAAAAUGCCACACCCACUACACAUGAUUAAUCUCUGUAUGCGCUUCCUCCCAUUUUUCCUGCUUUAUUCAUCCUUAUUUACGUUCCCCGUUUAUGCCUUAUUCUUCCCUCCUUUAUUGGUGCAUCCCUCAUCCCCCCGCCGGCACUCGGUUGGUAAUCUUGGGCAUGGUAUUUUAUCAAAUCACCUCAUUCUUUGGGGCACACGUGAGGAACACAUGGCCUUCCCGGCUUGGUUCCUUCUUUGAUAAUUAUUCCGUACCACUCAGCUAUUUGUAUUAUGUACUUGACCUCCCUAACGAUAUAAAUCCAAUACACCCCAGCACAGAUAGGUUUACGGGCUCACCAUAGCCCGUGCUACAUGGACACUUCGGUCUGAGUAGCUAAAUCUGAAACAACAACAACAGCACAGAUAGAAUUACGGGCUAUUCAUGCCCGUGCUACCUCUUGGGUGGCUUAAUCUUUAUUAAUCAAUCAAUCACAGUCCCAUCACUUGAGAAUGAACCAUUUAGGUUCGAAACGUUGUGUAAAUUUAUUAUAAAUGCAAUACAUUCUACAUUUAAUUAUUUUUUUAGUUCACCUCGAACAAAGAUGACAUUUAGAGAAAUUCUCUUCCAAUUAAACGAAGAUGCAAGAGCACUUUUGAAAUGACUGCAAGAAUAUGCAGUCAUUUUCAAUGAAACAUGUCUAAAGGAAA